GGGAGGGGAGGGGAGGGGAGGGGAGCGGGCGUUUAGGCCUCCCCGGCAGCUGACGGGAGCAGGAAAGAGCUGGGGCGUUUCUACCUUUGUAAAGGUAGUAGCUCCUGCCUGCCGGUGCGGUUCACAGUGUUUUCACUCGUGCUUUCAAAGGAUCGCGUGCGCAGUUAAUUUUAUGUGUCGUUCCACAUAGAUACGAGGGUUUUAAUAUAAAGAGCCCGCCUAGGGAAGAACAACAGUGAAGCAUUCAGUAUGGCUUCUUCUCCAACUCUACUCAUGCGAGUGGUGGCCUCUGCAUAUUCUGUUGCAGAAAAAGCUGCACGAAUUGUUAGAAAUGUAAUGGCUACAGGAGAUCUGGGGAUAGUGGAAAAGAGUGGAGCCAAUGACUUACAGACCAAAGCUGAUCGACUGGUACAAAUCAGCAUUUGUGCUUCACUGGCACGGAAGUUCCCCAAAGUGACAAUCAUAGGAGAAGAAGAACUGCCCCCUCAUGAUGUAGCUGAGGAAUUGAUUGAAGAUGGUCACUGUGAAGAAAUACUGAAGAAAACUUGUCCUCCUCAGUAUACAGGAAUUAAGGAGGAAGAGCUUGUAAUAUGGGUUGAUCCUCUGGAUGGGACCAAAGAGUACACUGAAGGUCUCCUUGACCAUGUAACAGUUCUUAUUGGAAUUGCUUAUGGAGGCAAAGCAAUAGCAGGAGUUAUUAACCAGCCAUUUUACAACUAUGAGGCAGGAGCUGAUGCUGUACUGGGUAGGACAAUCUGGGGAGUGCUGGGCAUAGGUGCCUUCGGAUUUGAACUCACAGAAGCACCUGCUGGGAAACACAUCAUUGUUACCACGCGUUCUCACAGCAGUACCCUGGUAAAUGACUGCAUUAGCGCCUUGAACCCAGACAGUGUCAUCAGAGUUGGAGGAGCAGGAAACAAGAUCAUCCAGCUUAUAGAAGGCAAGGCAUCGGCUUAUGUAUUUGCCAGUCCUGGCUGCAAGAAAUGGGAUACAUGUGCACCUGAAGCUAUUUUACAUGCUGUGGGAGGCAAGAUAACUGAUAUCCACGGAAAUUCAUUUCAUUAUAACAAGGAAGUGAAACACAUGAAUUCAGCUGGGGUUCUUGCCACUUUGAGGAACUAUGAUUAUUAUGCAAGUCAUAUUCCUAACACAGUUAAACAAUCUCUUGUACCUUAAAGCAGGUCUUCACUUGUCCUGGAAAGCUGACAAAGCAAGCUCAGAAGAAAGAAGAUACUGAGCUUAAAACUUUAUUUUAUAGAAUCUGAGCUUCAUUCUUAUAUUAGACUGUUCAAUAAUUUCAAAAUUACAUAUAGGCUAUCUAGGUAUAUUGUUGGAUCAAUUUGUUUAGUUGUGUUUAGCAGGUACAUCGUAAUGGUGACAUUUUUCUUCAAUAGCUGUUCUCCAUAUAUUUUAGAAGCAGGAUAUCAUUCUUCAGGCGAUACGAUUUUGCUGAAUCCACUGCUAAUCAUAAUGCUACCAUCCAAAAAUCACCUUAAUAUUCAGGGCACAAAAUCAUGUUAAGUCAUUUACCUGAUUUUGCUUAAUGGUUGUUGUUGUACGUAGUCAAUGAGGAUUGUGUUAAAUGCAAAGGGACUGAGAAUUUGUCUUAACGGUUUAGCCCUUUAUAAUAAACUUGAUAGUUUUAAUUCUUAGAA